GGAGAAAUAAGUAUUCGCUGAUAUUGGAGACGGGUAUGUAUUUUGUUGCUCGAUUCAUGGAGACGAACUUUGUACCAGGGAAUUGUAAUCUAUUACAGAGAACCCAGAAUUCCCUCGAUGACCUCGGUGUCUGGUCAUGGUCUGAUCUUCUGGUUGCUUUGAAACAUUACCAAGAUUCACCGCAGGCUGCACUGUCUUCCGGUAUACUCGAAAAAUGCUUGGAUACACUUGUUGUGAGGAUGGCCAUGUCCGGUGAAGCAACUCCUUGUGGAUCUGUUUCUUCCACGGAUAGCUCCGGGUGUCAGACUUCGGUCGAUAGUCGACGUACUUCGAGUUCGAAACAGAUCUUCUCUAGAGCAACUUGGUGGUUUGAAGACCUUUCUGUUUUGAGUACGAAAUCGAUUGAAAUAUUGGUGAAAUCGAUGGUGUCUCGGAAGCACAAUCAUGUGAUAAUCAGUCGGUUCCUAUUCUAUUACUGGAAGUCGAAGUUUUAUACUGUUUCAUCGGAUGAGAAAAGGAGAAUUCUCGAAAUUGUGAUUGAUAUGUUUUACACUCUCGAUCGGAGUUCGAUUUCGUGCAAGAGUUUGUUCGGCGUGAUCCGUCCGGUGCGGUGUUCGAACACUAGGAGAAGCUGCAGGAACAAGCUGGAGAGUAUGAUAGGUUCUCAAUUGGACCGAGCAACAUUAGAUGAUCUGCUAAUUCCGUCUCCGUGCGGAAGAAGUUAUCGGUAUGAUGUGAACCUUGUUCUUAGGUUACUCAAGGCAUUUCUACGCAGAGGAGACUCGGAAUCAUCUCCGAUACGAAUGAAGAAGGUUUCUAGCUUGAUUGAUAUGUACAUAACAGAAGUAGCUCCGGAUCGUUGCCUAAAAUCGUCGAAGUUUGUAGCUUUGGUAACGGCCUUACCGGAUUCUACUCGGGAUUUGUCGGAUGAACUGUACCAUGCCAUGGACGUUUAUCUGGAGGUUCAUGCAGAGUUGUCUGAAGAAGAAAAAAUCAAGAUAUGUUGUGCAUUGAACUAUGAUAAACUCUCCAGUGAGGCUUGCCUACACCUUUCUCGAAACAUGAAAUUUCCAUCGAGAACACACGUCCAAGCUCUCGUUUCGCAACAGUCGAAGCUUAUGAACUUACACCGGGGCAUUAACAUCGCUAAUAGUUACACGGAUUCGCCGUAUAGGUUGACUGGGGUCGGAGGCAGGGCAAAGGAAGAUGAAGGCAUUGAACAAGAAGUUUACAAUGGAAAGCUUGAAGCACAAGUACAAAAGAUGCAAUGGAGGGUGAUGGAAUUGGAGAAAGUUUGUAGGAAAAUGCAGACUCAAAUGGCAAAAAUCAAGGAACCGAAAGUGUCGAAUCGUAGAAUUGCAAGAUCCCUACCCAGAAUGUGUUCAUGA